CCGCUGAGUGCGCUCGCGCAGCACCGGACGCCUCCAGGGAGCUGUUGCUUGAUAACGCGUUUUUCGUUCCUCGCUGAAGUGUCUUUGGUCCUGAUUUGUUACACCCCGUUUGUCACGGCUUUCACUAUUUGCAAACUUUUAAGGGAAAGGGAGCUUUUACAAUUUGAAAGGCAACAGCCUUGAUGAACACUUUCAGUUACAUCCCUCUAUGUCGUUUUACUAGCACCUGGCUUGCCAAGGAAAGGAAUGUAGCAUGAUUAUGGAGCUUGCCAUGGCUUCCAGUCACACCGUGUUGAUGCGGCUGGUAGCUUCAGCAUAUUCUAUUGCUCAAAAAGCAGGAGCAAUCGUCAGGCGUGUUAUUGCUGAAGGAGACCUGGGCAUUGUGGAGAAGACAAGUGCCACAGACCUGCAGACCAAAGCUGACCGACUGGCACAGAUGAGCAUAUGCUCUUCACUGGCACAGAAGUUCCCCAAACUCACAAUUAUAGGGGAAGAGGACCUGCCUUCUGAAGAAGUGGACCAAGAGCUGAUUGAAGAUGGUCAGUGGGAGGAGAUACUGAAGCAACCGUGCCCAUCGCAGUACAGUGCUAUUAAAGAAGAAGAUCUUGUGGUCUGGGUUGAUCCUCUGGAUGGCACCAAGGAAUACACUGAAGGUCUUCUUGACAAUGUAACGGUUCUUAUAGGAAUUGCUUAUGAAGGAAAAGCCAUAGCAGGAAUUAUUAACCAGCCAUAUUACAACUACCAGAACAAUGAAAAGCAGAAGUUAAGGGAACACAGGAAUGAAAUCCAGGCAGGACCAGAUGCAGUGCUGGGAAGGACAAUCUGGGGAGUUUUAGGUUUGGGUGCCUUUGGGUUUCAGCUGAAAGAAGUCCCUGCUGGGAAGCACAUUGUCACAACUACCCGAUCCCAUAGCAAUAAGUUGGUUAAUGACUGCGUUACUGCAAUGAACCCUGACAACGUGCUGCGAGUGGGAGGAGCAGGAAAUAAGAUUAUUCAGCUGAUUGAAGGCAAAGCCUCUGCUUAUGUAUUUGCAAGUCCUGGAUGUAAGAAGUGGGAUACCUGUGCACCUGAAGUCAUUUUGCAUGCUGUGGGAGGCAAGUUAACUGACAUCCAUGGGAAUGCCCUUCGGUACAAUAAGGAAGUGAAGCAUAUGAACUCAGCAGGAGUCCUGGCCACCCUGAGGAAUUAUGACUACUAUGCAAGUCGAGUCCCAGAAUCUGUCAAAAGUGCACUUGUUCCUUGAAGGGCAGUCUCAUUCACUUAGUGAAUGACCCGGUUCACAAAUCAAUACAGAUUAAAAUGAACUGAAGUAAUUAGAGCUUCACCUUUUCAUUCUUUACUGGUAGUCUGCAAAUUUAUCCAGAAUUAAGGAAUUUGUCUAAUCAACCAGACCACGUUUGAGAGUUAGAGAAUUUAUAAAGGGGAUAAUAGUUCUUCCUUUCAUUGGAAAAAUGAAAGAUUUAGUUCUAAUUGACUAUCCAGGUCAAUUAUUUAAGCAACAUUCCUGUCAUAAGCCAGAUUUCCUAGGAUACAAAAUAAUAAAUUGUUACCUGGUCGUCUUCUUGCUUUUCACUGUAAUUUUAAAAGUUUGACUGUUUCAAUUACAUAUACACUAAAAUGUCAUUGUGUAUUUUCACAUAAAUUUUUGUACAAUAAAUUAUGUGAUUCUA